UUGGGAGUUCCCUCUUUCCCCAGGAACAGUCACAAGGCCACUUGGUCCUCCCAUCUAGGCAUUCCCUGAAGAGUCCAUUUGCCACUGAAGGAAGAAUUCCACAUCACCAGGAGCUCUACGGGGAAAUCUGGGAGAAGCGAUGAAAAGGUCUCAGUUGAGAAAGGAUGAUGGAUGUGUCCGGCUUUCCCAUGAGCUCUCGGAAGGUGAGAAAAAAGCCACUGGGAAAAGAAAGGAGAAAGUCCUGAAGUGCCUCAAGAGCCUUGCCAUUGCCUGUGAUGAGGAUAACAUGCCCAAUAUCGCCGUCCUAGGAUCGGGAGGAGGUCUGCGGGCCAUGAUAGCCCUUCAGGGAACCUUGGUGGAGAUGAAGCAGCAGGGCCUGUUGGACGCUGUCCUGUAUCUGUGUGGAGUAUCGGGUUCCACCUGGUGCAUGUCUUUCCUCUACCAAGAGAAUGACUGGACAGAGAAAGUGCAGGUCUUGGAAGAACGUCUGUGUGAUACACUUUCCAAACCUCAAUGUGAUAUUCAAGAGGAAUUUACUAUUGCGACACAGGCGGCUGAAGAUGAACUCUUCUCUCUGACUGAUGUCUGGGCCUCUUUCUUUGUCUAUCCUACAUUGAAGCUGUAUGAUAAGACCAAGUUAUCUGAACACAAGGAUACCUCCACAAACGGGACAAAUCCUUACCCCAUCUAUGCAGCAAUAGAAGCAAACCAAUUGCAUAAAAAAGCUGAAAAGAGCCCAGGGACCUGGUUCGAAUUCACCCCCCAUGAAUCUGGCUUUCCCAGCCUGGGGGCAUUUGUGUGCACCGAAGACUUGGGAAGCAAAUUCGAAGAUGGGAAUCUGAAAGAAAAGAGGGACGAGAAAAAUAUCUGCUACCUGCAAGGUUUAUGGGGAAGUGCCCUUGGAAGCAUGGAGGAAAACAUGAACUAUUUAAUAGACCUUCUUAAGCAAAUAUUCCGAAAACUAAGAGAACAGUGGUGGUAUGCAGUAUAUGAAGCAGGAGGUCAAGAAGGAACACCAGGUUCUGUGCCUUUCAGCGGUCCUGAUUGCUCUUGUGCACGUUGUCAGGGUGUCCACCACCUCCUGGAGCUUCAUGUUCAUACCUCAGCUGGGAAAGACUGUGAGGGAGUCUUCAGGCAGCUGAAGGAAGUGCUGAAAGAGGAGAAUAGCAAGAGUUCCUUCCUGAAGUGCUGUGAAAUGAGUGUGUCCUGGCAUUUGAAGACCUUGGAAGAAAAGAUUGUGGAGUUCGCUCACCUCAUCAGGAUUUUUGAAAAUGAACUUGGAGGUACUGAUUGCAAAAGUGCACAUUGUGGGGAUGUCCUCCUGCUCCUGGAGCUUCACAUUCAUGCCUCAUCUGGGAAAGACUGCAAGGAAAUCUUAAGGCAAAAGAAAGAGGAGAAUAGCAAGAGUUCCUUUCUGAAGCUAUGUGAAGUGAGUGUGUCCUGGAAUUUGAAGAGCUGGGAAGAUUGGAUUGAGGAGUUCGUUGAACACAUCUGGAAUUUUGUAAAGGAACUUGGAGGAUAUGUAUGGAGUGUAUGGCAAUUGUUAUGGAAAACCGUGAUCUGUAUCUGCAACUGGACAUGGGGGUGCACCAACAACUUUCUGUACAAAAGUAGUGAUGCCCAAUCCACUGGACUGACCAACGAAGAAUUCAUCUACUUGAUCGAUGCUGGCACUGACAUAAAUUCCGCCUACCCCCUCGUUCUGCGCCCAGAGAGGAAAGUGAAACUGAUCCUCUCCUUUGACUUCAGCUCUGGGAAUCCUUUCGAGACCAUCGAGAAUACUGCCAAGUACUGUGAGAUAAAUAACAUCCCAUUUCCCAAGAUAAAGCCAGAAGAGAUUAAGGACAAAGAUAACCCCACUGACUGCUACAUCUUCAAAGGAAAAGAUGUUCCUACCGUCAUGCACUUCCCUCUCUUCAACAACAAAAAUUGUCCAGGUAACUCAGGUGAAAUAGAGUCCUUCAGAAACAAGUUUUCCACCUUUCGUUCAUGCUACCUAAAGGAAGAUAUCAAAGAACUCCUCAGUAGAGCGAAGUUGAAUGUAUCCAACAACACGGAGAGGAUUCGGGAGGAGAUCCAGCAGAUUGUGUCCUCCUCCACCAAGGAGUUUUAAAACCACAUCUCUGUUUGUCUCAUACUCAUGAAGGGCAGAAAACGUUGUCUGGCUCUGACUCGCACAUUUCCAGCAAGGCUGUUCACUGUGAGCAAUUAGAACCUAAGUGCAGCAGGGAGGGGUUAGUUUCCCUCUGUUAGAUUCACAAAGGGAUUUAAGCACCUAACUUCCCCCAUAGGUGCCUGAUUCCCAGAUUUAGACAUCCCUGGGAUUCACAAAACUCUUGCUCAGCUGACGUGGAACCCUGUAGCGCCUAAACUCCCUCAGCACCAAAGUUGUUUCAGUAAAAUUUUCCUGGGUGUCUAUGUUUCAGCCUCGGGGCAUGUGCACUGAAGCCACCAUCUUGGUGUCCAGAUGCCUAAGCCCCAGAGUGAUUCCCGACCUGGGAAAGACAGGUGUUCCUCUGCCUACCUCACCUGUGGGGCCUGAGCCUUGGUACGAGAAGGAGGAAGAUGGCUUUCCUCAGAAUUCUUAGCCCAGUAGUCAGAGUACUCAGAUGGGAUGGAGGAAACCCCAGGUCAAGUCCCCUCGCUGCCUCAGGGGGAGAAGGGAUUUGAAAAGGCAUCUGCUACCUCUGAGGCAAGGGCCCUCAUCACUGGGCAGUGGGAUAAUGUCAUGGUGCAGGGGUGGCAGCUUCAAUCCCCCUGUUGAAGCUUUUCCACUGCUGAUUAAAGAAUUAAAGGGAAAUUUGGCCAGAAAGAGAGAGAGAGCAAGGGUGAGAAGCCUGAUGGCUGCAGUACUCCCCUCUGAGUUCACAGACCCAGGUUCUAGUCCCCCGGCUUACAGCCCGCAGUGGUGGGCCCCAGAGGCAAGCUAUGCAGAGGAACGUCUGUCUUCCCCCAGUUUGUGCAUUGCUGUGAGGCUUAGGCAUCUGUAUGCCUAAAGCUGGGCAGCCGUGUGCACGCUGAGAGGCACCUAGGGAACUCUUACUGCCAAAAGGUGGGUGUAGACUGAGAUAAGGCUUCUACAGGAUUCAGCAACAGUUAAGUGGGGGUUUGGUGACUCCUAGUGGGGCCUGAUGCUGGACUUCUGGUGUGUAAUAUGGCAGCUAGGAGCCAAGUCCUUUUGUGAAUGCAACCCUGGCUAUAGGAUGAUGAAUUUAGUAAAAUGUUCCUAGAAAGAUAGAUAGAUAGAUAGAUAGAUAGAUAUGAUUAUUAGACACAAUAGUAGAUAUACAGUAGAUAAUGAUGACGUAGCUAGAUAGAUUCAUAUACAAUAGUUUGUGAAGAUAGAUUCAUAUACAAUAGGUUACGAUAGAUAGAUAGAUAGUGAUGAUUAUUAAACACAUAAGCAGAUAUACAGUAAAGAAUGAUGACGUAGCUAGAUAGAUUCAUAUACAAUAGUUUGUGAUGGUAGAUAGCUUCAUAUACAAUAGGUUAUGAUAGAUAGAUAGAUAGAUAGAUAGAUAGAUAGAUAGAUAGAUAGAUAGAUAGAUAGAUAGAUAGAUUAGAUAGAAUGUUUAAGAAACAUAUACACAUGUUGGUUUGUCAGUGCUCACAUGGCAGCACUCUAGGUUGACCAGACAUCCCAAUAUUAUUGGGACCAUUCCGAUAUUAGGGGCUUUGACUUAUAUACACAACUAUACCCCCAUGCCACCAAAAAAAUUGUUCAAAUUUUUCACACUUGCUAUCUGGUCACCCUACACCGGUGUCAAACAGAAAUUUACACUGUGCAGAAUGAUAAUAUUACAGCUGCCUGGCACACAAAUGUGUCUGCAAGUUUUCUUUGUCAGUUCUCCUAGUUUAAAAAAGGAAUGGAAGUAAGAAAGGAAUUUUGUGCCGAGCUGUGAUCCAUGAUACAAUCUCAUUUACACCCCUGGUAAAUGUGGAGUAACUUUACUGAAGCUGAUGAUGUUACUCCACAUUUACACGGAGGCUAGAAUCUGGCCUGUUAUUUAUAAUGGUAAAUUUCUUACUGCUUCUUAAUUUACAAAUAUUUUUUUUCUUGUGCUGUGUGUGACAAUAACAUUUUACAACCUUCUUUCCUUCUGUGUGAUGAAUAUUACAUAAAUAAACGAUAAUG